AUGGGAGGCAUCAGAGAAGAAGAUCACCACCAUCACCAACCCACGGAGCUCCCCCUGGGCUUCUGGAGCGCCCCGCCACCACCGAUGAUCGCCUCUUCCUCCAUGAGCAAGGAGUCGACGAGCUACGACAUGGCAGAUUUCGAUCAAACGGCAAUAUUUCUCUACCUAGAUGGUCAUGAUCCACAGUCGAUUCAGGAACAACGACAAACUCUGAACAUCUUCCCCUCGCAGCCCAUGCAUGCCGCCGAGCCGCUUAACCCUACUGCAAAGAUUAAUGGCGGCGCAGUCAUGGCGGCCAUGCUUGCUAAUGGCGGUAACCCGCAGCAGGCGUCUCCAAAGAGGCCUGAACAGCAGCAGCAGCUGGUGCUGCAAGGUGCCGCCGGCGGCCCCAAUGCAACACCCUUGCUGACUGGUUCAGCCAAGGACAACAAGAACAGUGCCAGUCUCAUCAAGAAGGAAGGAACCAGCAGUGGGAAGGGUGCAACAUCAUCUAGCACAGACCCAGAUAGGGAAGGGAACAGGAGAACACAGGACCCUAAGACACUGAGGAGGCUUGCACAGAAUAGAGAGGCAGCCAGGAAAAGUAGGCUCAGGAAGAAGGCUUACAUCCAACAGUUGGAGACAAGUAGGAUUAGGCUAAGCCAGAUCGAACAACAGGUUCAAGCAGGAAGAGUACAGGGUGUCUUGUUGGGUACUGGAGAUCACCACCAAGGCCUUCCAUCUGCCCCUUCAUUUGCUGGUAUGUUUGACAUGGAGUAUGGGAGAUGGGUGGAAGAGCACAGCAAGUUGAUCUUCCAGCUCAGGGCAUUGUUGAACGACAAUGCGCCGGACAACCAGGUGCAGGUGUUGGUCGGUGGUGCCAUGGCACAUCAUGAAGAGUUGCUAAACCUCAAGGCCGCGAUUGCUAGGACUGACAUCUUCCAUCUCUUAUGUGGUGUGUGGGCCAGCCCCGCAGAACGUUGCUUCCUUUGGUUGGGUGGGUUUCGACCCACAGAGGUCAUCAAGGUAAUGUUGAAGCAAGUGGAGUCGCUGUCAGAGGGGCAGCUCCUGGGAAUCUACAACCUCCAGCGGUGGGUGCAGGAGACGGAGGAGUCGCUGAACCACACCAUGGGGACCCUCCAGCACUCUCUCUCCGACACCAUCGCCUCCCCGGAGGCCGCCGGCGGCAACUUCAUGGGCCACAUGUCCCUCGCCCUCAACAAGAUCUCCUCCAUGGAAGCCAUCGUCAGGCAGGCAGAUGGGCUGAGGCAGCAGACCCUGGACAAGCUGCACGGCAUGCUGACGGUCCGACAGGCCGCCUGCUGCUUUGUCGCCAUCGCCGACUACUUCCACCGCCUCCGCGCCGUCAGCACCCUCUGGGCUGCCAGGCCACGGCACGACGAGCAGGGCCCGCCGGCGCCGUAG